UGUUUUGACUUAAUAUGUCGACAGACAACAGCGUACCAGCAGCACUUCAUAUUUAACUAAACGCGUAUGUCAGAAAAUAAACGUAAUCAUAAACAGUGUAACCGCUGCAGUGCGCACUAUAAUGACAGAAUCUGAACCCGGAAGGUUUUGAAUGAUACAGCGGGUCCUGCCGGGUCGUAUGCGAUUUUAAAUCCGCAGAUCUGAUACGGAAGACGCAUGUUGUAAUUCACACACAGAGCUUUCAAGCGCUCUGCUUGCGCAAGGAGCACCAACGUUAUCAGCCAGAUACACUUUAACCUCCGUACUUGCUUCGGGAGUUUGUAAAGUCUCUAAACUCUUGCGUCAGCGCAGAAUAAAAUGGAUGUGUGCUGGUCAUGUGUGAUUGUCUUAGGAAUCGCCGUUUAUGUCUUUACGCAACUUCUUCGCUUCAUUUUCGGUGAUGCCGAUCUGACUUUAUUAUGGGCGGAGAAGUUCGGCAGCACACCAGAGGCAAAGUUGCGAGGCAAAGUUGUCUGGAUUACUGGAGCAUCCAGUGGUAUCGGGGAGGAACUGGCCUAUCAAUUCUCUGCGCUUGGUGCUCGUCUAGUGCUGUCUGCCCGUAGAGAGAAUGAGCUGGAGAGGGUGAAGCGCUCAUGUUUAGAGCGCUCCUCUUUAAAGGAUGAGGAUAUUCUUGUUAUUCCCCUCGAUUUGACGGACCGUGCAUCGCAUAAGGAAAAAACGCAGACAGCUCUGAAGCACUUUGGUGAUAUAGAUGUGUUGAUAAAUAACGGUGGUCGGACCCAGCGGUCGAUUUUUAUCGACACAGAUGUGGAUGUGUACGAGGCACUUAUGGAGCUCAACUAUCUUGGCACCGUAUCUGUCACUAAGCAGGUGCUACCCCACAUGAUGCAUCGUGGUAGUGGUAUCAUAGCAACCGUCAGUAGCGUCGCAGGCUUUGUAGGGGUACCACUAGCAACAGGGUAUUCUGCAAGCAAGCACGCAGUGCAGGGUUUCUUUAACAGUCUCAGAACAGAACUCGCAGAUUAUCCAAACAUCACUAUCAGUACAAUCUGCCCCGGACCUGUAAUAUCAAGCAUCGUUCACAAUGCUUUCACCGAGCAGCUUGAGAAGCCUGUUUCCAAAACUAGUGAUCAAACGCAUAAAAUGUCUACAGAGCGCUGUGUCCACCUCAUACUGGUAGGUCUGGCCAACCAUGUGAAAGAGAUGUGGAUUGCUCAACAGCCCUUUCUGUUGUUCUGCUAUAUGUGGCAGUACACUCCCACUUUGGCUUGGUAUUUCACAAAUAUUCUGGGUAAAAGGCGUGUGCAGAACUUCAAAGCCGGACUGGAUGCAGACUCGGCAUACUUUAGCAAGCCAAAGAACAAGACCACCUGAAAUUGUAAUAUUUUCAUCUUAUUCUUAAGUAUAAAUGUGUGCUUUUCUGAACAAUCUUGGAGUGGAAGGACCAAAUCAACUAAAACAAAUCUAUUAAACAAGGAUUUAGACUCCCACUAUUUAAAGAAAAAAGGGAAUAUUUUGCUUGCUGUAUUAAUAACAAAUUCAAAUAAUAAAUAUAAAGAUUUUGCCGUU